UUGCGCACGCGCCUUGAAUCUGUAGUCACGUUUAGGGAAGGAUCAUAGAGAUAGGAAAGAAAGGACAGGAAUAGUUCCUUUGGGUGUGAACUGCGUUCGCCUUCCCGGCCCCCCAGGCGCUUCCUCGGUUGCUCCUUGUCGGUCGAAGCGGUCCGUGCAUUUGUUUCCCUGAAAGCCGCGGCGAUGAGCGAAGAGGCGGAGGCGGCCGGUGAGGGGCUGGGCGAGGAAGAGCAGGAGGACGUCGACGAUGAAGAAGCGACAGCGGGUCUGGAAACCCCUGGCUGCUCCGGGGAAAACUCCCGCUUCGAAGCGGGAAGCCGGUCUGAGUCCAGCAACGAAGAGAUGGAGGAAGAUGAGGAAGAAGAGGAAGAGGAAGAAGAGGUGGAGGAAGCAGCAGCAGCUCUAGGAGGGGGGUCCACGGACCCCUUCGGGGACUUUGGGAUGGAGGAAGGCGAAGAUGAGGAUGAGCGCAUGAUUAACCUUUCUGAGCUGACACCAUAUAUAAUGUGUUCUAUCUGCAAAGGGUACUUCAUAGAUGCCACAACCAUCACAGAGUGCCUUCAUACAUUCUGUAAAAGCUGCAUAGUAAGACAUUUUUACUACAGUAACAGAUGCCCAAAAUGUAACAUUGUAGUACAUCAGACGCAACCCCUUUAUAAUAUCAGGCUGGAUCGACAGUUGCAAGACAUAGUGUAUAAACUAGUUGUCAGCUUGGAAGAAAGAGAGAAAAAGCAAAUGCAUGAUUUCUACCGAGAGAGAGGUUUGGAAAUACCUAAGCCUGCUGUUCCACAGCCAAUCGCUAUAGCCAGGGGGAGGCCCCGUAAAGUUGUAGGCUCGGUUUUCCGUAUCCCUCCAGAGCUUGACAUGUCACUACUCCUCGAGUUCAUUGGAGCUAAUGAUCUGUCUGGGAAAUUUAAGCCACUGGAAAAGAAGUUUGUACGGGUUUCAGGAGAGGCAACAAUUGGACAUGUGGAGAAAUUUCUCAGAAGAAAGAUGGACCUUGAUCCUGGCUGCCAGGUAGACAUAAUAUGUGGUGAUCACCUGCUGGAACACUAUCAGACUUUGAGGGAAAUCCGACGAGCUAUAGGGGAGAGUGCAGUGCAGGAUGGCUUGCUUGUACUUCACUAUGGAUUGAUUCUUAGCAGAGAUCCCACACUUUCAAGGAUUUGUUAAAAUCCAACAUGGAGGGGCUUUGAAGAAACAAAUGAUCCUCAUUCUGGGAAGUGCAUGAUGAACAUUAAUGCACAGCUUUCACUCUGCAUAGUAAGUUAGAAUCUGAAAAGGGAAUGCUGUACAGUGUACAGCUAUAAAUACUGCAGUGCUGUUAUGUCAUUAACACCUAGCUAGGUCGGGGAAGAGCAAAUGUGUCAAGAUGACUGGAUUUGUCUUAAAUGCGGUUUGUGUAUUGGCAGCACUCCCAGCUAACUCCCAGGACUUAAGCUUGAAACCAGUAUUUAUCUGAAAGACAGUUUCACUGGUGUUCUCAGGGAUUAUCUCCAGUGUGCAGUGUUUUAUUGGAAAAGAUGUGUUCUUCUCAGAGACGUUUAUUGUACACUAAUGGUCUUGGUUUAGAAAUAGGAAAGGGAAACCUUUCAAUUGUGUGCCUAAAAUGGGGGGGGGGUAAUCACCUUUAGAAAAACAGCAAGCAUUGUAUCUCAUGGUUUAUGUGAGUAAUAGCAUUAAAAUAUGCAAUAUCCUAUAAAUUAGUUAAAAUCGGAGAGAAAUUGUGUGCAUGUUAACUAGACACCAGAAUACCAAUGCUACUCACACAGCGUGGAUGUGACAGUAGAUUGCACAGGGCUGCCUUUGAAGUCCCUUUGGAAGGCAUCAUGCAACUGAUUAUAUUCCCACUGAAUACAAUAACCAGACUUUGUUCUAUGAAAGUCCAUCAGAAGGACGGUAGUAACCUUUCUCUAUCCCCUGCUACUUUCCUUUAAGCCCACUUCUUCUUCUGGUUUGCAGUCACUACCAUGUUUGCCUUUGUCCCUUGCAGCCUCUGUCAUAGCUGCCCUUCUUGCAGAUGUUCCACUAUAUUCUACUCCCUCCCCCAGCUUUUGUUUUGCCACCUUUGUAGAAAAUGGCUAUGUCUGUCCCCUUCCAUGCAUAUGAGCUUGAGACAAUGCCCUGUGUUUCCCAGCCUGUGAACAAUAAAAAAAAGCUCUGGUUAAACAACAACACAAUGAAGGAGUUCGUUUUUAACAUUUCCCGUAACAUAGCCACAGCAAUGGUCUUAUUACAAAGAUUUCAUAAAAUCUUGCUAUACAAUGCUUAGUCUUCAACUUUUGCAGACCCAGAAUCCACCAUUAACCCAAACAUGCACCUGGGGAUCCAUUUCAUAGUUUUUAACCAAAAAUUUGUCUAGUAGUGCUGCUUUUAAAACCUCUGGCCCUUUAGAUGACCUUGGACUCCCAACUCCCAUCAGUCCCAGCCCGUGUGGCCAGUGGAGAGGGAUGGUGUGAAUUGUAAUCAAGCAGCAUCUGGAGGUAUACAAGUGCCCCACCCCUGUGAUAGUCGUUCCCAAACCACCAGUUGAAGAUCAAUGGCUUAAUCCAUUAUCACAUAGCCAGCAAACAAUGUUUAUGCAAUUGGAGGGAUAGAUGGAAGACACAUUACUGAUGCAACUCCCGUGCCUCUAUAGAAGGUGUCAGAUUUUCUUUUAUGAAUUCAAUUUUGUUACAAUAAAUUUUUGAUGUAGGGAUAUUCAUUAAUAUCUACCUGUUUUAUAUUCAAAAUAUCCAGUUUGUGUUCAGUAUUUCUAUAAACAGCAGAAUGGAACAAAAAAAUAUUUUUGUAAAUAUUUUUGUCUAAUGUGUUAAGGGAUGAAGUAUUUAAAGUGUUAAAAAGUAGAAGCCCCCCCAAAAAGAGGAAGUAUAAUAAACAUGCUGGAAAAGCAAAACUAGCAGGGAAGUAAAAAAGAAUUUGAGGCACAUAUUGCUAAAAGAAGGAAUUCAACAAAACACUAUGGCAAUAGUUCUGUCAACACAAACAUUUCAGUUUGCCAGACGGAACAAUAUCUCCUAUAUUUCCCCUGCAUGCUAUUCUGGGGUUUCUCCCAACACUCCCCCUGAGCCAGUUGGAGGGGCAGUGGAAGAGGCAGAAAAGCCCUGUUUUGCUAGCUAGCCACUUGUGGGGGCCUCCACUAGUGUGACGUGUUGGUUGAAUCCCACUCAAAACAAUGAACAGAACAAUGAAGAACAUUAGAGACAGAAAAAUAGCCAGGGUGAUGUUUGGAUCAUUACAUUGCAAAGAUACAGUAAGACAGGAUUACUAAAGAAAGGUAGAGAAAUUAAUUAUAUUAUUUGCUUUGAACUUCAGUGUGGAAGAUGGUGGGCAGGUGCUAUGUCUGAUUCCCCCACUGACCCUAAGGAGGGUAUCUGAAAAACAAAGCUAAAUAGAAGUGACGAAAUCUGAAGUUGUAGAACUAUCUACAAAUCACUGAGUCCAAUUGAAUAUUUUCUAACAAAAAUAUUAAAUUUAUUUGAAAUUCAGCUGACAGGAAGGUAACUAAUGAAACAUUGAUUUGUAGAAGGGUUUAAGGGGAAAGGCCAUUGCCUGAAAUAUAUUAGAGCUAUUAUUAUGCAACAUAGAA